AUGCCAGCUCCUUACCGUUGGGUGUCCAGCAGUUCAAGGCAGCGCGGCAUCCUCCCAGGCGCCCUACUUGUAGGUACUGAUGCGGACGGUGCAGAUAUCUAUGCAGGCCGCGCUUACCACGAGGGUGCAACCCUCCCUGCUAAGGUUAUCCCCUCCAAAUCCGCCUGUUAUAUAAGCUAUGACGGCGAAGAAGUGCUCAAAGAUGAGUUCGAGGUGUUAGUGUCCAUUAUAUUUACUUGGAAGUUUUCAAAGGACGGUUUAGUACCUCCUGAUGCUCUGGAAGCGGGAUCUACGGCUGAUGGAGAGAAGUUGUACUUUGGAAGAGUCCUCCAUGAAGGAGGUAUUACCCCCGGCAAGAUUCAACCGAGCCACGGCGUUUGUUACUAUGCCUUUGGGGGUGAAGAAAGGAUUAGUCAUGAAUACCAAGUCCUUGUCCUUCUAUAA